UCUCUCUCUGUCUCUCACUGCCAUGUACACCUUUAGCAAUCACCACCAUCUCUCACGUUCUUUCUUUCCUUUCGCUCUCUAAAUCUCAAUCUAUUCCAUUUUAACCUUUCGGUGCUCUGAAGGGUAAGGCCAAAGGUUUACCGGUAUAUAUCAUUUUCUCUUUAUCUUCGAAACCUGAGGUCACACUGUUCCCCAACCCUUCUCUCUCUCUCUCUCUGCCCAUCAAGGUCCUCAAAAUUCCAGUGAAUUACAGAAUAGGCCACUCUCUGUCCCCAUUCUCUCUUUCUAAUCUUUCUUUCAUGGGAAACAGACCCAAAAUAAGCUCAGAUCUAAGGUUCUGUUAUACAAGGAGUUGGGGAAAAUCAUUUGGUUGCUUGUGGUUGAAGAUUUCAUUUCCAACUGCUUAAAUAACACGCAGUUCCUCAUAAAAAAGAUCGUUGAAUUUUCUGGGAUAAAGUCAAGGAAUUUAUUGUGCUACCCGAGAAUUAUUCACCGAUUCAAGUGCUAUAUUUUCUGCAACUUUCUAAGCUAAGAGAGAAUUAAGUGGUGAGAGAAAAGAACCAUUGAUGGACUCUGAGAAUAUGAGCUUUAAUGACUACAGACAAUACCAGAACAACCAGAGCAAUUCUGGGUUGUUGAGGUUUCGCUCAGCUCCGAGCUCUUUGCUUGAAAGUUUCACAGAUGGGAUUGUUAAGAGCGGUAAAUCCAGUCAAGAAGCUCAGGGGUUGACUUCAAGAUUUAGUUCCUCUACUGGAAAUGGCAAUUUGGGUUCACAGAGUUUUCAGGAUUUCGAAGAUGAUAAGUCUUUGGUUAAUGGGUAUUCCUUGAGUUCACAAUUGCCACCUCAGUGUCCAAGACAAGUUACAUCAACCCAAGUGAAUGGUAUGGAGGGUGCUUAUAGGGUUGUGAGUUCUAUGGGUAUGGAUAAUCAGGGGCAAGGGAAAAUGGGUUCCAAUCUUGUGAGGAAAAAUAGUUCUCCAGCUGGGUUCUUCUCUCAGCUCACUGCUCAAAAUGGCUAUGCCACAAUAAGAGGGGUUGGAGAUUACAGAGUGGGGAAUGGUGCUAAUUGUGAUUUAAGUCCAUCAUCAAGCGGAUUGAAAGGUCAGAUGAAUUUCUCAUUUGGGGUACCUUCUUCGUUGGGAAUGUUGACUCGGAUAUCUGAAAACGAGAGUCAAAACAUUGGGGUGAGUUGUCCUGAUGAUGGAAGGCUUGGAAAUGGCAAUGGAGACACUCAAUUUUCCGGCUUUGGAUACCCGUUUGGUUCUUGGAAUGAUUCUGCACAUUUCGCAGAGAAUUUCACCAGCCCAAAGAGGGACCUAGAUAAUGAUGAGAAACUAUUUGCUGGGGCUCAGAACGGGGAGCUAGGAAAGCGCAUGACUAUUUUGUCACACCACUUAAGUUUACCAAAGACUUCAGCCGAAAUUGCUGCCAUGGAGAAGUUACUGCACUCCCCAGAUUCUGUUCCCUGUAAAAUCCGAGCAAAGCGAGGUUGUGCUACUCAUCCCCGAAGCAUUGCAGAGAGGGUAACUUUGUCUAUAUCUUGAACUGUCGUAUUGAUCUUCUUUACAUUAUGACCUGUUACUUAGACUAUCUGCAUCAUUUCUAUGAUCAUCACAGUAAGUUGAUUGAUUCUGAUGUUGGUGGUUUGAUUCAUGGUCAAAACGCUAUACUCUUAUCACAUGAUAUUUGCAUUUUUAGUUGGUGGAACAGCUCACAAGGUAAGUAGUACCAUUGGACCAAAGACCCAUUGGUGGAACAGAUGCUGUUAAAUUACUAUAUGAUUUCACUGAUGUAAUGCUAUAAUUUCAGGUAAGAAGAACGCGGAUCAGUGAAAGAAUGAGGAAACUACAAGAGCUUGUUCCAAACAUGGACAAGCAAACGAACACUGCAGACAUGUUAGAUUUGGCUGUCGAUUAUAUUAAAGAACUUCAAAAACAGUAUCAGACUCUUAGCAAAAAUCGGGCAAACUGCAAAUGUUUCAGUACACAGAAGCCAGUCCCGAAUCAAACGGUUUGAUUUGCUCCUGUAGAAAAGAUAAGGGAAAGAUGGAAAGGUGAUAGCAAUAGGGCUUUUUCUUUUUCUCCCCUGGAGAGAAAGGAGAGAGAGAAUAGAUUUUUUUUUCUUUUUUCUUGUAAGUGGGUGUCAAGGAGAAGGGCUACUAACAAUUCUAGCAGUAGAUUUGGAUAAUAGAAGGCCUAAGCUGACAAGGUUCCUAGCUACAUGAUUAGGGAUGGUAUGAUAGAUAAAUUUUGUACAGGACAUGAUGCAAUAAUAUAUUCCUUGUUACCCAAAACUUAUAUUAUUUGUUGGAUAAGUUUUAUAUCUUUUGUGAAUGAAAUAUGUAGGGGGCAAAUAA